CGAGCCGAUCGGGUUCGAGCAAAACCCCCUCUUCUUCCCCCGAUCCUCAAAAACAGCGAGCGGCGCGCCAUGGCCGGCGGCGGUGACCUCCAGAGCGCGAAGAAGCGCAAGCGCGAGAACGCGGAGGGGAUCCCCAAGCGCAAACCGCCGCAGGCUAAGGGAGGGGAGAGCGGCGCGAAGCGGAAGGAGUACCACGGCGCCCGCGCGGGGCAUGGCGCCGCCGGCGAGGCUGUGGCGAAGAAGCAGCCGGUUACCGCCAGGGACAGGCGCCUGGCGGCCAAGGAAAUGGUGGAGUCCAGGAAGAUGAAGAGGAAGAGGCAUUACAGCCUUGAGAAGGAACUAACAAAACUAUGGGAAAAGAUGAGAUGUCACAAUGUGAGCAAAGAGGAGAGGUCCAAGCUAGUAAGUGAGGCUCUUCGUAAAAUGGACGGGAAGUACUUGGAUAUUGCUGGAUCCCAUGUUACUGCACGUGUUCUUCAAACAUGUGUGAAGUGGUGUUCACAGUCAGAGAGGGAUGCAAUUUUUAAUGCUCUGCAGCCACAUUUGCUCACUCUUUCCCGCAAGAAAUAUGCCGUUUUCCUUGUAAAGAAGCUCAUAAAACUCGCCACUAAAAAACAGUUCGCCUGGUUCAUCUCUACUCUUCAUGGCCAUAUUGCCAAACUUCUUCGUCAUGUUAUAGGAGCUGCAGUCGUCGACUAUGCAUUUCAGCGGGCAACACAACCUCAGAAAAGGCAGUUGUUAUUGGAACUGUACUCUACUGAGCUUCAGCUGUUCAAGGACCUGACUGUGCAAAGUUCUCGCAGUUUGUUAGAGACAAUUUCCAAGCUUGGAUUGCAGAAAUCAUCCGUCCUGCAGUAUAUGACUCUUGUGAUUCAGGCAAUUUUGGAGAAAGGUAUUGUUGAGUACUCCAUUGUACACACGGUCAUAUUGGAGUACUUUACAAUUGCAGAUAAGACCUCAGCCUCCGAUGUGAUUCGUCAACUAAUCCCCCUUCUCACUCAAGGAUCAUCAGUCAUAGAUGUAGAUGAAGCAUCAGUUGCCCCUGAACUACCAAACAAAACUAAAGAUAAGAAGAAAAGGCUGUCAGAACCACUUAUUGUUCGGAUCAUGCAUUCAAGGGAAGGAUUAAAAAUAGGGAUGAGCUGCCUCAAGCAUGGCAGUGCAAAGGAUAGGAAGAAGAUUAUUAAAAGUUUGAAGGGGCACGUUAUGAAGCUUGCUCUGAAUGAUUUUGGAUGCCUUUUCAUCACUUGCAUUCUUUCCAUUGUUGAUGACACAAAGCUUGUUUCUAAGAUUGUGAUUCAAGAGCUGGCAAAGCAUAUAAAACAACUCAUUUUUGACAAGAAUGGGAGACGACCAUUGCUGCAACUACUUCACCCUCUUUGCUCGCGUUAUCUUCCUCCAGCUGAUCUGGCUUGUCUGAGCUACAACGUGCCUUCUCUUAUUUCAAGGGAGGUUCAGGGUGAGGCAUCAGAGAGUGCUGCUGAAAUUAUCUCGGAAAAUAAGGUGGAUACUGUGGCUGAUAAAGAGCAUGGCAGUUUAGAAGGAACUCAGAUUGCAUCUGACAGCAAGAAGGAUCCAUCACAAAGGCGACAUGAAUUGUUGAUAAAAAAUGAGCUUGCUGAGGCUCUCAUCCAGUCUUGCAUUGAAAAUGUUGGGGAGUUACUUCGAACAAAUUUGGCAAAAGAUGUAUUAUAUGAGGUCGCAGUUGGUGGAAAAGACUAUAUUUUGGAGGGUAUCGCUGAUAGGAUCCACAUGUUGCAUGAUGCAAUAGCUUCUGAUGCAGCGCAACCGAAGACGGAAGAUAUUGAGCAUGCCUUUGAGAACUUCCAUUCCAGCCGUGUAAUCAGAAGAUUAGUAAUUGAGUGUCCUGCAUUUGCUGUCACUCUCUGGAAAAAGGCUCUUGAAGGGAAGUGCAAGAUAUGGGCUGAUGGACACAGUUCCAAGGUGGUUGCAGCGUUCCUGGAAUCUCCAAGUUCCAAGGUGAGGGAUCUUGCAAAAUCUGAGCUACAGCCGCUGGUUGAUACUGGCAUUCUGAAAAUCCCAGACCAUAAAGCAGUGGAGAAAUGACUUCUGAGCGUGGACCUUUUUGCAUCAAUUGCGGUACAAGCACAGGGGACAAGACAUCCAUUGUUGUGUAAUGGAUAGUUUUUUGUCAUUUCAUCACGUUAUGCCGAGCAAUUGUUGUCACUUGUUAAGAGUGGAAUGUACCAAUGAGUUUAACUUUCAAUGGUCUUGUGUACCCUGUCGGAUAAACCGGAUCAAUUUUGCUGUGAACUUAUCGUACUCAAGAUGCAAAUGUUCCUUUUUUGAGUUUA